CCUCCAUGAAGCAGAUUGAAAAGUGUUGUGUGAAAUUUGAUCCGCUCUUCCUCCAGAAAUGACAUUUCCCGCUGGGAACCUUGACCUGAUCAGGGCAGCCGACUUGGCAGUGCGUGAUGAUUGACUUACCAGGUGCAACGAUUUGGACUGCACCGGGAAAAGUGCAACGUUGGCAGAGUUUUGCAACUGUGCUGUGGCCUGUGAUGUGCGUGUGUGACCGUAUGUACGUGUGUGUUUCCCCCGGCCGGGAAUCGUCUCGUUGGUUUGUUGAUGGCUGGGCAGUGCUGACUGGUGUUGACGCGUCACCAUCACCGACACCGUGGCAAGCUUUGUGAUGAUCAUAAACGGUGAACCGGUAAGAAAAUAUGCAUGGAACUUUGACCGAAUGUUGCUCUUGAACUUUACAAACUGAGCUUCACAAGAAAGCAUCAUCAAGUUUGGUUUUUACGUUAUGGGUAGAAAGACAAAACCAGCCAUGAACAAGUUCCUCAUCAUAGUGCCAUGUGUCUUCAUUAUGUUCAUCAUUUACAUCUCAACAUGUAGUGACAGCUCCAGUGACCAGAAUAAAACCAUUGUGACGUGUGAGCCGCGCUCCUCCAACCAGCACGAAGUGGGUAAGAGUGAUCCAACCAACAAGAAAAAACUCUCUGCUUUCCUGGUUGUGUUGAUAUUGACAGGCCCACAGCUUAUAGAACGUAGGUACACAAUCAGAGAAACUUGGCUUCAGAAGCAUGGCAAGGAUGUCCUGCCGAAGUUUGUCGUCGGCACAUCUGAACUGUCGGCCUCAGAUAUGAAGAUGUUGGAGGCAGAACAGGCUCGACACAAGGAUCUUCUCUUUCUGCCUAAACUGAAAGAUGCAUUCGGUUCUUUGACAAAUAAAGUGAUUCAGAUGAUGGUAUGGUUGGAUAGGAAUGUUGAAUUUCAGUAUGUUAUGAAGGCUGAUGAUGAUACAUAUGUUAGACUUGAUGCAAUGGUGCGUGAGCUGAAGACUAAGAGUAGAGAAAGACUCUACUGGGGUUUCUUUGAUGGGAGGGCACAUGCUCACCGUACUGGGCGCUAUGCAGAGGCCGAGUGGGUACUUUGUGAUCGCUAUAUUCCGUAUGCAUUAGGAGGGGGUUAUGUCUUAUCAGCUGACCUUGUUAAAUUCAUCUCAAGUAAUUCCCAAUACCUUAAAAAGUACCAUGCUGAAGAUGUUUCUGUUGGGUCAUGGCUUGCUGCCAUUGAUGUUAAACGAGAGCAUGACCCAAGGUUUGAUACAGAGUUCAAAUCUCGUGGCUGUCGUAAUGUUUACAUCGUAACACACAAACAGACCAUUCAAGACAUGAGAUCAAAGUAUCAGCAGUUGCAGACAACGGGGAAAAUGUGUGCCAAAGAGCAGCAGUUCAGAUUGUCAUAUGUGUACAAUUGGGACAAGGUCCCUACAGAAUGCUGUGAGAGAGUUGAAGGGGUACCAUAAAGAAGUGUCAAAAGACACGAGGGACUUCCAACCUAUGCAAGUAUUAAAGGGGGAGGGGGUGGGGGUCACACGCAUGAACCAGUCAACUCUGGUAUCUUGUAG